AUGUCCGUAUCUGCAACACGCAGAACUGGAGGAGCUUCUGAUGCAAAGGUGUAUUUAUUGAGAGUCCUUCAUGCCUAUUCUGCGCUUGUUCCUCCUAGGCAUAUUACAAUCCCCCCUAUUUUCUCCUUCAGCGACGUCCAUGACCUCUUGAUCGGCAUCUUGCUGAACGAUCAUCUCAGCAAGUAUCCUCCAGCACGAGAAUACCAGCGCGGAUUUUGGAAAUGGGCUUUGGAAAAACUUGAAAAUUUGAGCAAAAACGAAGAGGUAGGGUUCACCUCCACGAUCAUCCACGUUGUCCUUAGCCCAUCUCAUAUGCAGGACAAUGAAAUCGACGAGCGGAUGUACCAGCAUUAUACAACCCUUAUUCCAUCUCUGUGUGCGAACGCCCUACCCUCGGAUUCGUACAUUACGCACUACUGGAAUCCCCCAGACCGGUCCUUUUCCGCGGAUGAGGUUAAGCGUACUCACGAGACAAUCACUCUGUUCGAAUCACGCACUACUAUAGCUGCAGGCACAACCGGCCUCCGAACGUGGCGGGCAAGUUUCGCUCUUGCCCAAUACUUGAUUGAACAUACUGACCUCGUCGCUCACCACACUGUUCUUGAGCUGGGAUCCGGUACUGGAUUCCUGGGGAUCCUAAUCGCAAGUCUGCAACUACGCUUCGAUCUUACUUCGGCAGAUCCCACAGAUGGCGCGCAGUCGGCAAGUCCACCGACCAUCUAUCUUACGGAUGUGAAUCCUUGCGUUCUUGAUCGGUGUCAACACAACAUGGAGUUGGCAUGUAACCGAUCUUCAUGUCAUCCGAAUAUCGAGUACCGACUGCUCGACUGGUGCGAUGCCAUUUCUUCCCCGGAUAGUCUUGCCUCGUUCCUUGCCAAUACAGAUGUCGAGAUCAUCCUUGGUGCAGACGUAGUGUUCGAUCCCACCAUGGUGCCACCACUUGUGGCGACUCUGUCUGUCGCGUUGUCGCAGGGCACGGCCCAGAUGGCACUCAUCGGAAUAACCAUACGUAACCAGGCAACCUUGUCUUAUUUUCUGGAGGAAAUUAAGAAGGCUCUCAUGGUGGUGGAGGUUCAACACCCUAUGGAAGACGGUUUCCUGCCAUUGACCUUAGAUCAAGUCGAUGCGGGAUUAGAAGUAAAAAUUUUCAGGAUAACGCAGUUAACAUAG